AAGAGAGGAGCACCCAAGAUUGAGCUCUGAGGUGCUAUGGUGUGUGGAGGCCACAAAGAGAGCAUGGAGUCAGUGAAGGAAGCUGAGGUAAAAGCCUCUGAUGCAGAUGCAGGACUCUAUGGCUUUGUCGAGUACUCUCUUUAUGAUGGAUUCCAAAGCUAUGAAGCACCUAGAGCGUUCCGGAUCGACCCUCAUGAUGGUCGAAUCUGUAUUUCUCAAGACAUCGACAGGGAAAGGGAUCCAACCACCUAUGAUCUCUUGGUGAAAGCUAAGGAUGGGGAUGAGCCCAUAAGGAUACAUUUAACCUUGGUGAAGGGUGGUCUGAGCGCCCAAGCCUUUGUCCGUGUGGAGCUGGAAGACGUGAAUGAUAACCAUCCCGUGUUUAACCCAUCAACCUACGUGACAAGCAUCAGUGGUCAGACACAGCCUGGCACCGAGAUCAUCAAUGUUCUUGCCACUGACCGGGAUUCUGGGAUAUAUGGAACAGUGACUUAUGAAAUCCUUCCGGGAGACCUGUCAUCCCUUUUUAUCAUUGACUCCUCUACAGGUAUAUACAGACCAGAGAGAGAAGUUCUGAAUACGGUCAGCUUUUCAGGAGACAAGGAGGUAAUGAACAGUCGGAAAAGAGCCCUAACUCUCUUCAAUUCUGUGAAGUCUAAGAGAGGUGAGGAAGCUGCAGAAGAAAAGCUGGAAGCUAACAGAGGGUGGUUCAUGAGGUUGAAGGAAAGAAACCAUCUCUAUAACAUAAACGUGCAAGGUGAAGCAGCAAGUGCUGAUGGAGAAACCGUGGCAAGUUAUCCAGGACAUCUAGAUCAGAUCAUUGAUGAAGAUGGAAUUAUUUAUUCAGCAUCAACUCUUAGUCAUUUGGAAUCUAUGACGCUUGUGUUGAUGGUCUGUGCUCGAGAUGGUGGUGGGCUCACAGCUGUCAUUAAUGCUGACGUCACUGUACACAUUCUCCAGACGAGUCUGGCACCUGCUGAAUUUGAAAGGCCGAAGUAUACUUUCUCAGUUUAUGAAGAUGUGCCUGAAGACAGUCCUGUUGGAACAGUGAAAGCAAGCGAGCCCUUGAAUUCCUCAGAACCAAUCUUUUACAGAAUUUCUUCUGGUGAUCUAGAUGGAAAGUUCUUCAUUCACCCGUGGCUGGGCACUAUUCGCACCCAGAAGCCCCUGGACCACGAAACACAGCCCGUGGUUGUGCUCACAGUGCAGGCGCAGCUUGGCAGCUCCCCAGCCUGCAGCAGCACAGAAGUCAACAUAACUGUGAUAGAUGUCAAUGACAAUUUCCCAGCCUUUCUCUCCACGUCCGAUGAGAUUCAUAUAUCCCAGACCACCCUGCCGGGCACAGCCUUGUACCUUGCACAUGCAGAAGACAAAGACAGCGGCUUGAACGGAUUCAUCCGAUACACCAUUGCAAGCCGGAGUCCAAGCAUCUUUGCCAUUGACAGGAACCUUGGCGUGGUGUACCUCAAUGGGAGUCUGGGAGGGGGCUUGCUAAAGAAGCACAGGCUAACUCUCAUGGCCGAGGACCUAGGCAUGCCUCCUCGGGCAUCCCUGCUCGAGUUGACAGUAGUUGUCGAGAAGCAAGAGCAAAGUCCAUCCUUGACUUUUGAACAUCUGGUCUAUCAAGUGGAAGUUAGUGAGUCUCUCUCACUGAUGACACAAAUACUGCAAGUACAGGCACACCCACGGGGCCCACAGCGUGAGGCCUCACAGCUUAGGUACUGGCUGGAACCCAGCAUAGACGCCGCUGUGUUUGGAAUCCACCCUUACACAGGCUGGAUUUAUCUGCGGCGACAGCUUGACUAUGAAUCCACACAAACAUAUCAUUUUAGAGUGUCUGCUUGGAUCCCGGAGGAUAGAUUAUUACAAAAUGUGAGCACUUCAGUAAUUGUUCAUGUCCUGGAUGAGAAUGACAAUUCCCCUACCUUCUUACAUGAUGUGUUGUUUUUGAAAGUCGAAGAGAGCCCUGUUCCCCAGGGGGUAAUAGGCAAAAUUACAGCUAUUGACACGGACUCUGGAAAGAAUGGACAGCUAUUGUAUUUCCUUUUGUCUGAUGGAAAAGUCUUCAAGAUGAACCCUAAUACAGGUAGCAGUGGCAUCAUCUAUGCCAUAACCUGUGUAAACAAUGCUGCCACUUUUAGUAGGACAGAGUUCGAAUUCAGUUCUGAUGAAUUUCAAACCUUUGUUCUCAAGACCCUAUUGUGUGAGUGUUCCUCAGGCGAGUUGAUCAGUUGGAUAGCAUUGGACCGUGAGCAUCGGGUACACCAUGAGAUGACCGUGCUAGUGACAGACCGUGGCUCCCCACCGCGAAAUGCCACCAUGGCGGUUUACGUCUCAGUCACAGACAUCAAUGAUAACAGACCGUUCUUCCCGCAGUGCCUCCCUGGAAAGGAGUUACAUGUCAAGGUUCUGGAAGGUCAACCAGUAAAUAUGUUGGUUACCACUGUGUUUGCAAAGGAUCUUGAUGAAGGAAACAGUGCAGAAGUUAUAUAUUCACUAUCUUCAGAAGAUAGUGCUGAUCAUUUUAAGAUUGAUGCCAACAGUGGUGAAAUAAGAACAACCAUAGUACUUUCAUAUGAUUAUAGACCUUCCUAUAGGAUGACUGUUGUUGCCAGUGACCAGGGAGAGCCUCCUCUUCAAGGACAGGCAGUUAUUAAUAUCCAGGUGGUCCCUCUAUCCAAAGGGAGAGCAAUCAUUUCUCAGAAUAUCAGACACUUAGUUAUACCAGAAAACUGGAAGCCUACAAAAAUAAUGAGCUUGAUAAAGUCACCUGAUCAUCUUCAACAACAUCAUAAUGGAAAAUUACAUUUUAGAAUUGCUGCGGAUGACAAGGAUGGUCACUUUGAAAUUGACAGCUCAACAGGAGACUUGUUUCUUUCCAAGGAACUCGAUUAUGAAACAACAUCUCAUUAUCUUUUCAGGGUGAUUACUACAGACCAUAGCAAAAAUCCUCCCCUGAACAGCACAGUCUUCCUUAGUGUUGAUGUGGAAGAUCAGAACGACCAUUCCCCUUCUUUCCAGGAUGAGUUCAUUGUGAUAAGCGUGGAGGAGAAUGUUCCCAUAGGGACUCUGGUUUAUGUCUUCAAUGCCAAGGAUGGCGAUGGCAGUUUUUUGAACAGUAGAAUACAAUAUGUCAUUGAAUCCCACCCCCCUGGAAUGAAUCCAUUUCUCAUCCAUCCCUCGUUUGGCACGUUAGUCACUGCAUCCCCUCUUGACAGAGAGAGUGUUCCAAUGGUCGUUCUGACAGUAACUGCCUCUGAUCAGGCUGUGAAUGUGACAGACCGGCGAUUGAGAUCGCUGAUGGCAAAAGUAGUGAUUUUGGACGUAAAUGACCACAGCCCCAUUUUCAUGUCUUUCCCCAUUGCCCAUGUCAAAGAGGAUGUCACAGUGGGCUCCCUGGUACACCACAUAUCAGCUCAAGAUCCAGAUGAAGGAAGGAAUGGAAAAGUAACAUACAGCAUCCUCUCAGGAAAUGAAAACAAAGCUUUCAUGCUAGAUGAGUCAUCAGGCUUACUAACUACAACUUGUCCUUUGGAUUAUGAAAUAAAACCCCAGCACAUUCUGACCCUUCUGGCACUGGAUGAUGGCAUACCGGCACUUUCUUCAUCUCAGACUCUGACAAUUACUGUUCUUGACAUCAAUGAUGAGGCACCAGUAUUUAAGCAGCGCCUGUAUGAAGCUUCUGUUAAAGAAAACCAAAGUCCAGGGGCAUUUGUCACGAAGGUUGAAGCUAUGGACAGAGAUUCAGGAAUCAAUUCCAAGCUUCAGUUUGAAAUCAUGCCAGGUUCUUCAUUUGGGUUAUUUGAGAUAAAUUCUGACACUGGAGAGGUAGUAACAACUACCACGCUUGACAGAGAAGUUCAAGAAGUCUUCACUCUUCGAGUGCUUGUGCGAGAUGGGGGAGUUCCUUCAUUGUCCAGCACCGCAACAAUUCUCUGCACUGUUGAAGAUGAAAAUGAUCAUGCACCAAAGUUUAUUGUUCCCACUCACGACAUUGAGGUUCUGGAAAACCAAGAGCCAGAAGUUGUCUAUACUGUUUUGGCCUAUGAUAUGGAUGCUGGCAACAACAGAGCUGUCAAAUAUCACAUAAUUGAUGGAAAUACUGACGAGUUCUUUGCAAUCAAUGAAACAUCAGGAGAACUCUCAACCACUCGUGCUUUGGACCGGGAGCAAGUCAACAAUUUCACCCUUGUCAUCGUGUGCUCUGACCUGGGGGAUCCGCGUAGGAGCUCUGUAAUACAGCUGCCAGUUAGAGUUUUGGAUGACAAUGACCACAGUCCUUCCUUCCCCACACUUUAUUACCAGUCCUCUGUGAGAGAAGAUGCUGAAGUGGGAACCAUGGUUCUUGUGCUCUCCGCUGUGGACAGAGAUGAAGGCCUGAAUGGGCAAACUGAGUAUUUUCUGACAGAUGAAGUUUCUGGUGCAUUCACCAUUGAUCCUGUGGCAGGAACACUGAGAACCAGCCACACCCUCGAUCGAGAAGCCCAGUCGCAGCACACAUUUAGUGCUGUGGCCAGAGACUGUAGCAUGCAGGGCUCAAGAAGCACCACAGUAAUUAUAAAAGUAUAUGUCACUGAUGUUAAUGACAAUGAUCCAGUUUGGGAACAGAACCCCUUUGAGGUUUUUCUGUCUUCUCAGUCACCUAUAAAUCAGACAGUUGCCAUUCUGAGAGCCAGUGACCCAGACGUGGGGCCCAAUGGAACUGUUGCUUUUAGUUUUGUAGAGACUCAGUCAGUAUUUUCUGUUGAAAAAUAUUCAGGAGAAAUUCACCUUCAGCAAAAUCUAUCUUCAGAAAAUUUUCCUAUCUGGCUGCAGAUACAAGUUACAGACCAGGGCAUUCCAGCCAGGGCAACCACUGGUCUCUUGGUCAUUCACAGGGAAGGAGAAGAUGUGAAGAUUGCCUUCAGCCACCAUGUGUAUAAAGGACUUGUGAAUGAAAAUUGUGAGGCAGGUACUUCUAUUGUGACAGUAAAAGCUUUUGCUCCUGACUCAAUUUGGGACAGCAUUAAAUAUUCUGUUUUUAGUGGAAAUGAAGAUGGAGUUUUUUCUCUAUGCUCUGACUCAGGACAACUCACUGUGAAAGAACCCAAGUUUCUUGAUUUUGAAGUCAGAAAUGAGGUGCAACUCAUCAUUUUAGCUGAAAGUAAUGGGCACAGAGCCUACAGCAGAGUGGCUGUGUUGAUACAGGAUGUGAAUGACAACUCCCCAUGCUUUGAGCAAAGUGUUUACCAAGCAUCAGUGUCUGAGGGAGAGUUCUACAAUGCUCAUGUCAUACAGGUUUUUGCCACCGACCUGGACAGUGGGUUGAACGGCCUAAUUGAAUAUUCUAUUCUUUCUGGCAACCAAGAGGAAGCAUUCCAGAUCGACGCACUGAGUGGGACGCUAACAACCAAUGCGAUUCUAGAUUAUGAGUUCAUCAGCUUCUACAGCUUGAUUGUGCAAGCUGCAGAUAAAGGGAUGCCCAGGCAUUCUAACACGACCAUGAUCAAGGUACAGGUAACUGAUAAAAAUGACAAUGCCCCAGCUUUCCUCCCAUCUGAAGCAGUGGAAAUUGCAGAAAAUUCUUUGCCUGGUGUAAUUGUGACUCGGGUGUCAGUUCAUGAUGUGGAUUUGAAUUCAGCUUUCAUCUUCAGUCUUGCCAAAGAGAGUAAUCCUGGAGCCAAGUUUGCUAUCAAUCAGAACACUGGAAUAGUGGUGCUGGUAAAAACAUUGGAUUUUGAAGAAGUUUCUGAAUAUGAAUUGCUCAUCCAAAUUUCUGAUUCAGUGUACCACACAGAGGGAGCACUUAAAGUCCAUGUGCUAGAUGUCAAUGAUAACUCCCCAGUGUUUUCUCGAGAUUUCUAUCAGACCACAGUUCCUGAAUCAGUACCUGUGGGGUAUUCAGUGCUGACUGUGUCAGCUACAGACUUAGAAAGCAACGAGAACAUUUCUUACAGAAUUAUUUCCUCUUCUAAGGAAUUCUCCAUUGAUCCUACGAAUGGCACAAUAUUUACUAUCAAUCCUGUAUUACUUCUGGAUAAAAUAUCAACAAUUCAAUUUCUUGUUGAAGCCAGUGAUGGUGGAAUUCCUGCAAUGAAGGCUCUUACACUGGUGGAGAUAGGAAUACAUGAUAUGAACAAUUAUGCUCCCGAGUUUAGAAUCGAAUCCUAUAAUCUUAGCCUGAGUGAAGAUACUCUGACUGGAAGCACACUUGUCACAUUUUCAACCAUCGAUCAUGACUGGACCCGUGAGAACACAUAUGUUGAAUAUUCUAUCAUCAGCGGUAAUUCACAGAACAGUUUUCACGUGGAAACUAGUUUCAUUCAUUCAGAAUAUCCUUAUAAGCAAGUUGGUUAUCUUGUAUUGCUUCGCAAUCUGGACAGAGAAACAACUGCCAGCCAUGAGCUUGUUAUUCUAGCAUCUGACCAUGGCUGCCCUCCGUUGAGUUCCACAGCCGUCAUUUCAAUACAGGUACUUGAUGUUAAUGAUAACCCACCUAAAUUCAGCAGUCUGGGCUAUCACACCCAUGUCAAGGAAAGCACCUCUCUAGGAAGUCAUAUCACUGUAGUAUCAGCAAAUGACAGCGACAUGGGGUCACAAGCAGAAAUCAUCUACCACAUAAUCUCUGGAAAUGAGAAGGGAAAUUUUUAUUUAGAAGAAAAAACUGGAGUUCUGUAUUUGAUUAAGCCUCUGGAUUAUGAAGAAAUGACAAAAUUCACUUUAACUGUCCAAGCUUCAGAUGAAGAAAAGAAAUAUUUUUCUUUUGCAGUUGUAUUUGUUCAUGUUCUCGAUGAUAAUGACCAUGCACCUCAGUUUAUGUUCUCCAGCUUCACCUGUGUCGUGCCUGAAAAUCUGCCUGCCUUCUCCAUUAUAUGUUCUGUGAAUGCUUUGGAUUUUGAUGCAGGGCCUUAUGGAGAAUUGACCUAUUCUAUUGUCUCACCCUGUUUAUUCACUCAUGGAACAUCUUAUGAUCAUGAUCUCUUCCUCAUUGACCCUCUGACUGGGGAUAUUCGUGCUAAGCAAGUCCUUGACUAUGAAAAUGGCAAUAAAUACUGCCUCACAAUUCAGGCCAAGGACACAGGUGAUUCAACAGCCUCCUUAGUGGUUUGGGUGGAUAUUGAGGGGAUAGAUGAAUUUCAACCCAUUUUUACUCAAGAUCAGUAUUUUUUCACCCUCCCAGAAAAGAAUCAAGUAAGACAGUUGGUUGGCAAAGUGGAAGCCUCGGAUGCAGAUGCUGGUAUCGAUGGAGUCAUUCUUUACUCCCUUGAAACUUCAUCUUCUUUCUUUUCAGUAAAUAAAACUAAUGGAAAUAUUUAUUUGAUCAGAGCCCUUCCCUUAAUAAAAAGUCAAGUCAACAAUGAUGACACCAUGGAAAUGAAAAUUAUCGCUCAUAGCCCUAAACCAGACUCCAAGUUUGCAUCUUGCACUGUUUUUGUGAAUGUGUCUUUCUCCUCCGAAGGAAAACACUCAGCAGUAUCCACCAAUGGCUUUUCAAUCAGCCUUGCUGUCUCCUUCCUAGUAUUUCUGUUACUCAUCUGUAUUCUAAUUGUAUUGAUUUUAAGACAUAAGCUAAAAGACACAAUAAACAACUAUGAGGAGAAGAAAACAUCAUCAUCUUUAGAUAUCAAUUUGAGGGUGACCAGGGAUGUCAGAGAGCUCCAGGCCUUCCAGAAAACAAAUGACUAUAGUGACCAAGUGCUACCCGUGGACACCACACCAGAAUGGUUGAAGUUACUCAGCAUCAUGGAGAAGGACAUUGUCAAUCUGUACAGGCACUCAAGCUCCAGUGGCCACUAUUCUGUGGAAGGAGAAACUGCAGAAGAUAAGGAAAUCCAAAGAAUAAAUGAGCAUCCUUACAGAAAGGGCACGGACUCAGCUCUGAGUGGCAGGGAGUCCAGGGUGCCAGACUCAGGAAUCCCAAGGGACUCGGACCAGCUCUCCUGCCUGUCUGGGGAAACCGACAUGAUGGUCACUAUGGAAACAACUGAAGUCAGCCAAACAUUUGGGGAAGGAGAUCGAGGGGAAUGCUGCAGCACCACAUACGCUCAAAAUAAUGAGCUAUCCCAGGCAGUUCAGAAAGGAGAGGCAAAAGAGGGUGUCCUGGAUGAUGUCACAAAAGAGUCCACCUUUAUAUCAGAUGAUCAGGAAGCAAGAUAUGCAGCAUUUUCAACUCAGACAUCCUCUGAUCAUGAUGGAAGAGGCAACUAUCACUGGGAUUAUCUCCUCAGUUGGGAACCUAAGUUCCAACCUCUUGCCUCUGUAUUUAAUGACAUUGCAAAACUAAAGAAUGAACAUUUACACAUGCCUGGUAUUCCAAAAGAGAAGAAAUCUUUUGUUUUUCCACCCCCUUUGAUAACAGCAGUAGCCCAGCCUGGUAUUAAAGCAGUCCCACCAAGAAUGCCAGCUGUAACCCUGGGGCAAGUACUUCAGAAAUACCCACGCUCCCCCAUCCCCUAUCAUCUUGGUUCCCUGCCAGAAGCCAUGACUCCCAGUUUUUCGCCAUCUCUUUCCCUACUGACCAUGCAGACUCCUGCCAUGUCUCCACUAUUGUCAGAUGGAGAAUUAUUAGGAACACAGAUACGUGGUACGUGCCAUGAACUUGAAGGAGAAGAUGAAGUUCAGAUAUAAAACCAUGAGGAUGCCAAGCACCUGCUCACCAUCAGUCAUGAAUGACUGAACAGAAGGAACAUUCUCAAGCAAGCUCCUUGAGAUUGGGCCCAUUCUUAACUAAAAGCAAGUGAUAUAGUUUAGUCAGGGGUUUUAAGACCUCCCGUGAAAGUUUCUCC